CCGCUCCAAAUUAUCCACAACCGGAUAAAACGAAAGCAACCCCAAGCUCAAAUCCCUCUCUCUGUAGGUCUCAAUGGCUUCUUCAACUGCCCUAGCCCUAAUCUCUCCUCUCUCUUCUCCUCAUCAUCGACGAAUCUCCCGAUCUCGUUUCCUCUGCUCGAUCUCGACUCCUCAUCGCCAUCAGAAUCAAUUAGAGUUCAAGAUUCCUCAGAGCUUAGGCAGAGCGAGCGCGAUUGCUCUCGUCGCCGCUUCACUGUUCUUGGUGGACCCCGCAAUCGCGUUCAGGGGAGGAGGGCCGUACGGGCAGGAAGUGACCAGAGGGCAGGACCUCACCGGCAAGGAUUUUAGCGGGAAGAGCUUGAUCAAGCAGGAUUUUAAGACGUCUAUACUGAGACAGGCUAAUUUUAGAGGUGCAAAGCUAUUAGGAGCGAGCUUCUUUGAUGCUGAUCUAACGGGUGCUGAUCUUUCUGAUGCUGAUCUUAGAAGUGCAGAUUUAUCGUUGGCAAACUUCACAAAGGCAAAUCUGACUAAUGCAAAUCUUGAAGGUGCACUCGCAACUGGAAAUACUUCCUUUAGGGGAUCAGUCAUAAAUGGCACAGACUUCACCGAUGUGCCACUGAGAGACGACCAGCGGGAAUACCUGUGUAAAAUUGCCGACGGAGUGAAUCCAACAACUGGAAACGCUACGAGGGAAACAUUACUAUGCAACUAACAGUUAGCAACAUGUCAAAGCUAGCCACGGGCAUUUUCACUGGUGACUGCAAUAUUUUGCAUGAGCUCAGUUAUCGUCUCUUUGUGUGACCAUUUUUUUUAAUCAUGUGGUGUUCAUAAUCCCCGCAUCAAGGGGUUGUAUAGUGUAUGUUAUUUAACAUGUAAGAUUUUGUAAUAACAUGCACGUUGGACAUUUUCUUGUAGAUUAUUUGUUCAUAUGCGGAAAGAGCCAUAUUUAUUUCGUUUCUCAGAGAUGAUAAAGAAUCGUUGCGUUAUAGAGA